GCUGAAGUCUCCGGGCCGCAUCGCCGCGGGACGGCACAAGAAUCUGGUCUUGUCGAAAAAUAAGAAAAACAACGCUGAUCUGCCAAACUACUUGCGCCCACCGGCGGGCCUGCCGUCGAACUAUUUUCAUGCUAGUGGUGCUGAGAGGAGCCCAGAGUCAUCUAAUCGGAACAGCGGUCCUUUUUCCUCGCCGGCGGGAGGGGGAUCACCGUCCCUCGGUUUCUUAUCGGAAAUUCUCGAUCUGGGCGUGGAAGACAUCAGCAGCAGUCCCGUGCGUCGAACCAGAGCAGGUAGAAGUUGUUGCCAACCACCCACUUGCUCCUCUUCGGAGAUGCCGUCUUUUGUCUCGUUAGAAGACACCGACAAGGACAGUUCCCCGCAUAAGAGGACGCAGGGCGCAAGCACGAAUAGAGCCGCAAAGGGUCCUCGUGCAACAACUGGGAGAACUGUGAAGCGAGAAACAAAGCCGCACUCUGCCAAAGGAUUAUGUGCCGAUCCUACUUCCGGCGCGAAUCGUUUCUCCUGUUACCCAUCUUCAGCCCACGUCGAGGAUGUGGCCGCGGUGGAGCGCCCGGGGAAUGAAUGUUUGUCGGAGCGGGAUCAUGAGCAACAAGCCACUGGUUUAGCUCCUGGUGUUUCAUUGGAUGAAGGAGCGUCACCAGCGCCUGUCCUCCCGAUCGCCAGCAAAAGAACAGGUGCAGCGGGUUGUAGUUCGGGUGGCGCAACUACGAGCUCCGCAAUCUGUGCAGCCAGGUCUACGAAGUCUAAAGCCAAGUGCACCGCGAAAGCACGGCCGAAAUUAUCCGGUUUUGUAGGUGGAUGCGCUGGGACACCAAAGGCGAAGCGCAGUGACUGUGCUGCUUCAGGACCCACCUCGUCCUCCUCUUCGUCUUCCCGGCGCGGAACCUUUGUCCACUGGCCAGAAAGGAACUGUGUGGUGCGAGGAGGACAUCAAACGCUGCCGAGCAGUAGCAAAGCUGCAGAACAAGAUGAUGCUGCCAUCGGGGAAAAUUACCAAAUGUCGCCUCCACGACCUGCAACUACAUUGGAUGUUGAAGCUGCGAUUGCGAAUCCUGGUGCGGAAAGACAGCCCAGCAGGUCUAGUAUGAGUUGUCAGGAACCAGACGCCACUGGCGAUGGAAUAUUACCUGCCGCCAGCGACGCAGUUGCACGUGUAAUUGCGACCGAAGCAGUUGUACCAGCACAACACGAGCCUCGUAGCCCCUCCAGCAGCCCGCGCACCAGUUACCGGGAGCAGCGGGAAUUAAAGCGGCAGGCGAGAACUUCGGUCUUGUCGGAAGAGGAAAUGAAAGAGACGGAAGACCGGUUUCAAACGCUGCAGUCGUUUCUGGGAAAAACGGUGCCUGGUAACGUCGAAUUAUGUGCUGUCGAAGCGAAAGCACAGGAUGCACAUGAUGUGCAUACAGCUUGUGGUCCUGCUGCACCUGUUCCGCAAGUUGUUGCUGGAUCGUGGCCUUCUGCAGCUCUCUACAGCCCACCUACAGGCCGCGAUGAAACCCCUUUCGGUUUCCUCAACGCCACCUCCGUCCUACAUACGGCUCGAUGUGAGCUGAUCCACCAGGAAGAUAGCGACGAAGAGAUUGUGGUGUCCGCAGCUGCGAUUGCCUGCCCGACCAGAUGUUUGCCGAGUUGUGAGCAGAAAGAAGUCGUGGAUGAAAAAGGAAAUAAAACCUGCAAUUAUGGCUCUUCUGUUUCAUCUUCUUGGGCCGACCAUUUUGGCUUCGACCUCGCACAGGCGGUCGCGGCACUGACCUUAGAACAGAGCCCAUGUGCUGGCGGAGGCACCACUGCAGAGAAGGAGGAGGAGGGGCAUGAUCGUGAAGUAGAUGCGCAAAGAACGGGCCUUCCUGCUUCGAAAAUAAACUCGCAAGGUGAAGAAGCUACUGCAGAUUCUUCCGCCGCUGCUUUGAAUCGUUCUAUGACCAUUUCUCCCGAAUCCUUCGACAGUACGAUGACUUUCGGGCGGUACCCAAGUAGCUUAUCGGUCGACAGGGAGUUUUUGUUGCAGCUCUGGAAGCAGAAAUACGAGCGAAAGGGAGACUGUGGGGACGAUGAUGCUGGCGACGACCACGACGAGGGGGGUCGCUGGCGAGGAGAUGACACUUUUAGGGCUUCUGAUGUUCUUGCAGCCGGUUCUACCACUGCGGCGGCACCUACCCCCGCGGAGGAACAAAGUCAUGCCGUGUUAUCGACGACAAAAACUGUGACUUCAACCUUUGGAAAGAAUUUAUUUUCUGAUGACGAUGGUCACUUGCACGAUGAAACGCACAGAGCAGGAACACGAACAACUUGUGAGGAGACACACGACUCCUGCUCAACAGACGAGGAUCGGUACGAAUUCACGCUUCUCCUAAACGUGAUGGAAAGCACGCCGGUGCCGGGGAAGGGAAGCACAAGCACGGCCCGUUCUUUACAUAACAUCAAGGGCGUUAGUACUAUCGGAGAGGACGAGGAGGAGCUAGUACAUGUACAACAAUCAGGUCGAAAAAUUAGAAAUCCUGUACUGGAGUCCCGCUCCCGCCUCGCGGAUCAUCUCCUCAUCCCGGCGGAUGAUGAAGAUCAUAUUAACCCGGACGACAAAGUAGAAUACUUCGCCCGCGCCCGUGUGAUUUUCCUGGACAAACUUUCCGGACGCCUGCGCGAAAUCGGGGAGUACAGCUUUCAAACGCGCAAGCCCGAGAAGGUCCAGAGCCGGAAGAAACUGUUCGGGCCCCUUUUGAAAGCGCUGAAGUUGGAAUUGACUGCUGCUACACGAGGAGACGCCGAGUUGUCGCGUGAUGAGGUCGUGGUCGAGGAGGACCACGGUCGUGAAGGAAAUCGAAACUUCCCAGUUCAGCCGGUCCGCACGCACAAAUCCUCCCGGGUUGUGAAUUUUCACAACAUCUGGACGUCGCCGGAUGAUUUGCGGUUCUUCAACACAUCUUCCAACAUUGAUUCGAGGAAGAGAAUCAGGACGGUCACACAGUUAUUCGAGUUGAAGCCGAAUAGUAGAAGGCCCUCUUCCACAGCCUGCAAGAAGGAUCUGGAUUCAACACCCUUAUUUCAACAAACAGACUUUCUCCACCUCGAUUUCGAUGCGGAAUCAGACGCGCAGGAAACCGAGAACGAGCGCGCUCGAUCGCCGGUCCGUUUGUACCGAGGACGAGGGGAACCUUCGAGCCGGUUGAACAAUCCGUUUUUGCAGAAACGAGGGUGGAAGAAGAUGAUGAAUGACGACCACGGGUUUUUCUUGCCGCCGGAAGUAGAACCACGACAGGAUAGAGGUAUUACUUCCUCUUCGUGUAGUGCGGCAGGCCAGAUCAUAGGUCAACAGCCUUCUUCUAGAAGAAGGCAGCACGACCAGGAGAUCGGUGUUGUAGAUGAUGAAGACCAGGACAAGCAUACUAUUGACCUUCACCUCGUCGAGCCGCCGUCAGAAGAGGAAGUGUUUCUCAGUGCCACGGAUGAAGAUGAAGGACAAAAAGUUGUACUACAGCCCACUAGAACAGCGAGUAAAACGACCAGACGAGAAGAUGUUGAGCAUCUGGUGCGAGGACAAAAUUUGAAAAUCCACCACCCUACCACCCGCGUCACGAACCCGCAGGUACUUUUCUCGGGUCUUUGCUCCUCGUCUUCCGAGGAGGGUUGUGCUGCUUGUUCCAACGAUGUUGACACGGAUGAUGAGGAAGAUGAUUUCCGCUUAGUUUCCGCAUCAGAGCUGGAUUCCGAGUUUCUAAAGGAGCCGGAAAGUAGUAUGCCUUUAUCGCCAGGACGGCGGGAAGCAGCCGAACAAAGAGAUGACUUGGGGACCACCUCCUUUCAUCUUGACGAAAACCAACGAGAGAUAAUCGAACAACUUUUUCAUCAACGCCAGAAGGCCUCUUCUGCACGACCGUCGGUGCAGCAGCUGCCACUGGGGACGAGUAGAACUUCUGCAGUAGUAUCACCACGCGCUUCGAGUAGUUCCUCUUCGUGGCAAGACAUAGUUGUACCGGGUUCUUUUACGGAAGGGGACGACGCACAAGCGUUCGGUUUCCAUCAUGGUGGGGGAUCAAGAGCAACUUACGAACACGAUAUUUCCGUGUCCUCCUCCGGAGAAAGCUUUUCAGCAACCAGUCUAUCGCCAACAUCUCCUGGCCGGCGCGCAGAAACAUUUUUGCCGACGACAGCGACGAUCGCUAGAAGAGCGGCGGGUGGUGAUACUACCAGUGGGACGAGUGAACAUCUGAUCUCGUCGCCACGAGGACCGCGGCGGUGGGACCACCUAGGAGGAGCACCGCCGGCUGGGGCAGCGGAUCAUGGGGACUCUACAUCUAAUAUGCCUCACCGGACCUCCACAUCUGUCCAUGCGGCUGUACCGCGGUGGAAUCGACGCUAUACUUCUGCCGGGCACCGUGACCAAAGAGGAUGAGCAUGAGAAUCGAAGUAGAUUCAUGCGCCGAUAGGAUUUUCAUUUUGAAGAUGUGUAGUUGCCACGAUAAUUUUGUUUCACAGUACCAGUACCUACUUACACCGUUUACUAUCUCACCACGAGGCAGCAGAGUCUCGACCUACGUUUUAAUGUUUCAUCUAUGCAAGAGCAGCGCCCUCGCCUCAAGCUCAACCUUUUCCAAUGUUAAUGUAUAGUUUUUCACAAGUUUUGGAGGAUAUGCAUAUGUCUGUAAAAAUAAUGACGUACACGUAAAACAUGCUUCCACCUUGCUUCUGCUUCUGGAACACAGAGAGGCACCAGAUUAAGUUCGCUUUUGGUUUGUGAUCGUUGAGCAUGUGGUAGUCGUUUACUUAAAUGAAUUAUGAAAAUGAAAUCGGCGCCAGGCUUCGCAGCUUGGCCCUUGUUUGACUUUCUGAAAAGAAUGAAUACUUUAAUCAGCACGCCAGAUCAUGAAAUUAUAGAAGAAGAAACACCCACGCUCAG